CAAAAAAGAAAGAAAUUUUUCACAUUGUACCACUAAUGUGGAAAAUUCUUGCUGCACUGCAUUCUAGCAAAAGAAAACUAAGAUUUAGAACCACAAUCAAUUCAAAAUAAGGUGAGAUUUAUUCCCAUCUAGUCUCAAAAUAUCUCAUAUUUUCCUGUAGAGCUUAAGUUCCCUUCUCAGUUAAGUUCUUGAGAUAUGUAGGAAGCAAAGAAACUUGUGUUACCCUCAUGUUUUUCUUCUUCAUAGGUUUAAGACCCAUGAACAGGUCAGCAACACACAUUCACCUUGUGACUGAGUUUAUUCUCCUGGGGUUCCCUGGUUGCUGGGAGAUACAGAUUUUCCUCUUCUCACUCUUUUUGGUGGCUUAUGUCUUGACGCUGCUGGGGAAUGGAACCAUUAUCUGCGCAGUAAGAUGGGACCCACGACUGCAUACCCCAAUGUACUUUCUGCUGGGAAAUUUUGCCUUCCUUGAGAUCUGGUAUGCUUCAUCCACGGUUCCUAACAUGUUAGCCAACAUUCUCUCCAAAACCAAGACCAUUUCAUUUUCUGCCUGCUUCCUCCAGUUCUACUUCUUCUUUUCCCUGGGCACAACUGAAUGCCUCUUCCUGGCAGUAAUGGCUUAUGAUCGGUACCUGGCCAUCUGCCACCCACUGCACUACCCCACCAUCAUGACUGGGAAACUCUGUAGAAUUCUGGUGUCUCUCUGCUGGCUUACUGGAUUCCUUGGCUACCCAAUCCCCAUUUUCUUCAUCUCCCAACUCCCCUUCUGUGGAUCCAAUAUCAUUGAUCAUUUCCUGUGUGAUAUGGAUCCACUGAUGUCUCUGUCUUGUGCUCCAGCCCCCAUUACUGAAUUUGUUUUCUAUACUCAGAGCUCCCUUGUUCUCUUUUUUACUAUUAUGUACAUUCUUCGAUCCUAUACCUUGUUGCUCAGAGCUGUUUUUCAGGUCCCUUCUGCAGCUGGCCGGAGAAAGGCUUUUGCCACCUGUGGUUCUCAUUUAGUUGUGGUGUCUCUUUUUUAUGGGACAGUCAUGGUAAUGUAUGUGAGUCCUACAUAUGGCAUCCCAACUUUGAUGCAGAAGAUCCUGACAGUGGCAUAUUCAAUAAUGACUCCUCUCUUUAAUCCCCUGAUUUAUAGUCUUCGUAAUAAGGACAUGAAACUUGCCCUGAAAAACAUCUUGUUUAGAAUGAGAAUUAGUCGGGGCGCCUGGGUGGUUUGGGACUGUGUUUACAGUGGCAUAGCCUCCCACAGACAACCCCCACCCCCUGCCACUGACAAGCCUCCCUUCUGCAGCCCCAUUUCAGUGAUUGGAUGUUCUGCUCCCCAACUGAAUGAGGAACUAAUAUCUUCCAUCCUCUUCCCUAAUUCUGACCUCCAGUUUCCAUAUUCUGCUAAAGAACAGCACAAUUUCGACUGUGUCUUUGAAAGGCUAGAGACCAUACAGACCUACGAGAAGAGCAACUACCAGAGCAGGAGCCCUGUUCUACAGGUUCUUCAUGCCAAUGGAAUGAAGUUUCCAAAUUAUUAG